AUGGAAUCUGAAGUUAGAAAAGCAAAUCAAGUCGAAGAAAAUUUUGACCAAUAUUUUCGGGAUAUCUUGCAGAGCAUAGACAUCAAUGAUGUUCAACGGUUCAAAGAUAUAAUUGAUAAAAUGGAUCGCCAUAAACUGCCAAGUAUGAAGAAAAUGACCCUCAAUGCAGGCUAUCCAGAAGCAGACGGUUUACCAGGAUUAAGUAUAGCAGUUGGAAGAAAACAUAAAGCUAUCGCGGAAGCUUUAGCAAACUGUCCCGAAGUCGACGUGAACAAAGCAUCACUGUCCGGUAUUACACCAUUAUUGAUGGUUGCUGAAAUUGGCUGGCUAGAUAUACUUGACAUUCUGUUACAACGCGGUGCUGUUGUUGACGCAACGCCAUCUGGUAAACGAGCUGAAGCUAAUAAAAUAGCUGGUUCGACGGCAUUAAUCGGUGCAACAAAAUGUAAUCAUUCUGAAUUCGUUAAGCGGCUAUUAGAACACCAUGCUAAUCCAAAUCAUCAAAAUCAGUCGAGUAUAUCAGCAUUGAUGCUUGCAGCUGAGAAAGGAUUUUUUGAAUGUGUUAAAUUACUUGUACAAGCCGGAGGUGAUCUUGAAUUAGCACCGACUGGCCAAUUAGCAGUAACAAUGAAUUUAUGUGGUCAAACGCCAUUAUUUUGUGCAGCGAAAGAAGGUCGAAUAGAUAUAGUUAAAUAUUUAUUAGAUCGUGGAGCUAAUUCUCGUGUUCAAAAUCAUUAUGGCGUUAGUGUUCUCUGGAUUCCGGCACAAAAAGGCAUGCUAGAUGUUGUUGAAUUAUUAUUGGAUGCCGGUGCUGAAAUUAACACGGCUCCAGCCGGUGAAUUGGCCGAUGAAUUAAAUAUAACCGGGUGGACACCACUUUAUGCAGCAAUGAAAUCUCGACAAUUUGACGUUGUUAAAUUACUUCUUCGACGUGGUGCUGACCCAAAUGCGGUUACAAAAUUAGGUUCAACACCAUUUCUACUUGCAUCGGAAAUAUGUGAUUUAGAUAUAAUUGAAGCGUGUGUUGGAGCCGGUGCUGAUCUUGAUUUUGCACCGAGUGGUCCAGAUGCCGAUAAAUUAAAUAUAACUGGUCAAACAGCACUUUUUAUGGCUACGCUAAAAGAUCGUGUUGAUGUUGUGAAAUUUUUAAUACAAAAAGGAGCACAUGUUAAUGUACAAAAUCGUUUUGGUGUAUCGCCAUUACUUCUUUGCGCCGAAGCGGGUAAUUUUGAAUUUGUUCAAGCGCUUGUACAAGCUGGAGCUGAUGUCAAUAUAACACCACAAGGCGAAUUAGCUGAAGACAAUUAUCUUGCUGGACAGACGCCUCUCUAUGGUGCUGCCAAGAAAGGUCACGUAAAAAUUUGCGAAUAUCUAAUUCAAAAUGGUGCCGAUGUCAAUGCUGUAAUAAUGACUGGUGCCUCUUCAUUAUACACAGCAACAGAAGAAGGUCAUCUAGAAGUCGUUGCUCUACUGAUAGAUCACGGCGCCAAUGUAAAUCUAUCACCAAAAGGACAAGUUGCACGCAACCUACAUAUUGAAAAUCAAACGCCAUUAUUAGUAGCAUGUGUGAUAAAUCAUGAGCGAAUUAUUCGACAUUUAAUUAAAUCUGGUGCAACUGUUAAUUUGACAUGUGAAAGUGGCUCAUCACCAUUCCUUGCCAUAUGUCAACAUAAUAAUGUUGGAUUAGCAAGAUUACUUAUUGAAAAUGGUGCGCGAUAUGAUGGUGAAGCGAAAAAUUUUUAUGAUGGAAAAAUAAACGGUUUGAUUGUUGCUGCUGAGUCGGGCUCGUUCGACACGUUACGUUUAUUAGUUGAAUCUGGUUUAGAUGUUAAUUAUAAAAUUGAGGGUCAAGGGGAAACCGCUGGUCGUACACCUUUAUUUUGUGCAUGUACGAAAGGUUUUCAAGAUAUUAUCGAAUAUUUAAUUGAUCGAGGAGCUGAUGUCAACGGGGCAGAAGAAAGUGGCUUAUCAUGUUUGCACAUCGCAUCCGCUAUGGGCCACGAUGAUGCAGUGCGAAUCUUGUGUGAACGUGGUGCAAAUAUUGACCAACGAUUUCUCUUCGAAGAGCAAUAUGUAACUGCAUAUGAUUUAGCGGAAUCACAACAACAUGAUCAUACGCUUCGUAUUGGUAACAACUUUCCUGGAGGUUCGUGCCGAAAUGUUCGUAAUCUGUACCUCGAUGACAGAUUAAAUCCAAUUGAACAUGAUCUCUUUUUUAGAAUUGCUCAAGCGUUUCCACUACUUACUCUUUUCACUUUCCACAAUACGAAGCGACAAGAAUAUAAACGAAUGAAUGAAUUAGAACAAAGCAGUGCUACAUCAUCGGUUGCUGAGUUUUCUCAUUUUACCCAUCUCAAUUUCAUUUUCACUCAUAUUAAUUGCCCAGAACAGUUUUUGGUCGAAACAAGUACGCGUUUGCCACCUCUGAUUGAAUUAAUUAUUAGCUACGAAGCUUUAGAAAUUCCAACGGAAAAUUUUAGACGUGACGCAACACGUCGUAAUUGUUCUCUAUUAGAAUGCAUAAGCGUUCAUCAACUAAUGGUUCAUUAA